CCUCCGCAAACACACCAAGCAGAAGAAGGUACGUCUGCUCUCCGGCCGGACAGCUGCUGCAGAGGUGCGCUGCUCUUUCCUUAUUAUCUCCUUCAACAAUCACGUCUUGCCGUGUGUGCGUCCUUGUUUUACACGACCAUUUUCCAUAUGCAUGCAGUAAUUGCUCCAUAGUCCAUACUAGUGAGGUCGAUCAUGGCGAACUCCGCGGCGCCACCGCCGCUGGCGGGUCGCCUGGUCCUCUCGUCUGCCCUGCUCCUGCUGCUGCUUCUCCUUAGUCUCAGGCAAGCCCAGGGCCGUGCCACGCCCGGAGGCCCUUCGCUGAGGGCUCAAGCCGCGGCGCUUCUCCACUGGAGAUCAUCCGUCAAGUACUCCGUGAAGCACCAGCUGGGAACCUGGAGAGACGACGGCAUGUACCCGUGCAACUGGACCGGCAUCACUUGCGGGUCACGAAGAGGGACCACGGUGAAGGUUAUCAGAGGAAUUUCCCUUGGCGGUGCCGGCAUUGCAGGGCGGCUGGACGCCCUGAGUUUCCACUCACUCCCUUACCUCGUCAACCUCAACCUCAGCAACAACUACCGUCUCUCUGGUGCCAUCCCUUCUGGCAUCGGCUCUCUUUCCAUACUUUCCACCCUCGACUUCUCCAGUGAUCAGCUUGACGGCAACAUACCUCCGUCGAUCUGCAACCUUGGGAGGCUCACGCACAUGGAUUUCUCCAACAACAAUCUCACCGGCCAAAUCCCUCCUGCCUUGGGUAAUCUCUCAAGACUUGCUUUUCUUUCUCUACUUGGGAAUAGCCUCUCAGGUAGCAUUCCAUGGCAGCUCGGACAGCUUGGGGACAUGAGGCAGAUGCAUUUGGGCUGGAAUAUCUUUUCUGGCCAAAUACCUUCCACCCUCGCAAACCUGACGAACCUCAACUUUCUUGGCCUUUCUGCUAAUCGUCUGUCAGGAUCCAUACCUGAAGAGCUAGGACAAGUCCAAACUCUGCAAAAACUAUACUUGCACAACAAUAGCCUGAAUGGCACAAUUCCAUCCUCGCUUGGAAACCUCACGAUGCUCAGGUUCCUGUAUAUAUAUAUGAACCAGCACACUGGCUCGAUCCCGGUAGAGCUUGGGAUGCUCUCGAGCUUGAUUGAGUUGGAUUUGUCAGAGAACCAUUUGACCGGCUCAGUUCCUUCUAGUGUUGCUGGAAAUCUUACUUCAUUAGUUUAUUUUUCUCUUUCGGGCAACAAUAUAACUGGAUCCAUCCCACAUGAGUUUGGAAAUCUUGUGAAUUUGGAAACACUUGAUUUCGCAGUCAAUUUCAUAGUUGGGUCGGUGCCGUCAAGCAUUGGGAACAUGUCUUCACUCACCCGGAUGUACAUUUCUAGCAAUAAUCUCUCUGGUCGAUUGCCGGCCGAGUUUGGAAAUUUGGCAAAGUUGGAAAAACUUGAUUCCUCCGAAAACCAUUUGUCUGGCUCAAUCCCUCAAAGUUUUGGAAAAUUUGCACGCAUGACAGAAAUGCGACUAUACACGAAUCACCUCUCUGGCACUUUGCCGUCAUCUCUCUCCAACCUUACCAGCUUGGUCCUCAUUGACCUAGGUGGCAACCAGCUGACGGGACACUUGCCAAAUUUUUGCCGAAGUAAAAGACUAAAGAUUUUUGAUGUUAUGGAUAACAAUCUGGAUGGUCCCCUCCCAAAAGGCUUGAAGGAUUGCACUUCACUAACAUCCCUUGGACUUGAUAAUAAUCAGAUUGAGGGAGACAUAACUGAAUCAUUUGGGGUGUAUCCUCAUCUCAAUGACAUUAGUUUAUAUUCAAACAGAUUUGUAGGCCGGCUCUCGCCAAAUUGGGGCUCAUGUCAGAACUUAACAAGUAUUGAUUUUACACAUAACAUGAUAGAAGGCAGUAUACCUUCUGAGCUUGGGGAGCUAAAAAAUCUUGGAUGGCUCGGGCUCAGUUUCAAUAGGUUCAAUAGUGAGAUACCACAAGAAAUUGGCAGGUUAAGUAACUUGUAUUGGAUGGAUUUAAGAAACAAUCAACUAUCUGGCCAGAUCCCUAAGCAAAUUGGGCAACUUCGCAAUCUCGAGAACCUUGAUUUCUCAAGCAACUUUUUAUGUGGUACAAUACCAAAGGAGAUCGGAAAUUGUUUGAGACUGCAGUCAUUAAAUAUGAAUAACAACAGUCUUAAUGGAAGUAUUCCUGGUAGUUUGGUUAAUUUAACUUCCCUGCAAAGCAUGCUUGAUCUUAGCAUGAACAGUCUCAGUGGACCACUGCCAUCGGAACUUAACAGACUAGAGAUGUUGAUGUCUGCAAAUUUCUCACACAAUCAAUUCAGUGGUGCCAUCCCUGUAUCGAUUGCGAGCAUGCAAAGCCUAUCAAUAUUUGAUCUGUCAUACAACUUCCUAGAAGGAUCUGUUCCAAAAGGGAUCCACAAUGCAUCAGCUGAAUGGUUUCUCCACAACAAAGGUCUUUGUGGAGACCUUGUUGGCAUGGCUCCUUGCAAUUUACCCAAUGCGGAUCAUACACGAGAGCAUCAAAAGAUUGUACUAUCAGUCAUUCUUUCUAUGUUCGCCGCUACUAUUUCAGUAGCAACAUGUAUAAUUUUCAUAUUUAUUUGCCGCACGAAGGUAUCAUCAAAAACUGAUGAUGUGAGCAAAAGGGAUGUAUUCUCUGUAUGGGGCUUUGAUGGUAGAAUAGUAUUUCAGGAUAUUAUCAAUGCAACCGACAAUUUUGAUGAGAAACAUUGUAUUGGAGAGGGGUCGUACGGUAGUGUUUAUAAGGCAGAACUUCAAGAUGGACAAGUGGUUGCAGUAAAGAAACUCUAUGCAGGCGACGAAGAGGCACAUGAUGAAGAAAGAUUCCAGCAUGAGAUUGAAAUGUUAACAAAAAUCCGCCAACGCAGCAUCGUCAAGUUGUAUGGCUAUUGUACUCAUCCACAGUGCAGGUUCCUUCUAUGCGAGUUCAUAGAGAGAGGAAAUGUAGCUUCUAUCUUGAGCAACGAAGAACUAGCAAUCCAGUUCAACUGGGAAAGGAGAAUAGCUCUAAUAAGAGAUGUGGCUCAAGCCAUCACUUACCUCCAUCAUGAUGUUCACCCACCCAUAAUUCACAGGGACAUCACAAGCAGAAACAUCUUACUAGAUGCUGACUACAAAGCAUUUGUCUCGGAUUUUGGUAUUGCAAGAAUGUUAAAACCCGAUUCAUCGAAUUGGAGCGCACUAGCGGGGACCUAUGGCUACAUUGCACCUGAAUGUUCAUACACUUCUCUAGUCACAGAGAAAUGUGAUGUGAAUAGCUUUGGUGUUGUGGUGCUUGAGGUGUUGAUGGGCAAACAUCCAGGAGACAUGCAAAAUUUUCUUUCUUCACUUGGUGACCAGUUGCAUCUGGAACAAAUUUUGGACAAACAACUUCCACAACCUGAAGCUGAGGAGGCAAAAGACUUGAGACGGUGUAUCUCUGUGGCGUUUGAGUGCCUAACUCCUUCACCCAAAGAAAGGCCAACUAUGCAGAAAGCUUAUCGAGAUCUUUCCAUCUGAGUUGUUACUGUACUUGUUAAAUGCUUGCAGAUGUACAUUUUAGUCUUCUUCGGUUCAGAACAAACUUGGAUUACCUUAGCUGUCCAAGCAUCUAUCUGCAAACCAAAUAAAUAGUGCUAUUUCUGUUGGGCAUCAUAGAAUAUAUGG